CAGCCGCGGGCUGAGCGCGGAGCCGCGGCGGGCGCGGGAUCCGGGCCGGGGCGCGAGCCGAGCGCAGCCUGCCGGGCCGAGCGGGCGGAGCGAGCCGAGCGGGGCCGAGCGCGCCAGCGGCGGCGGCAGGCGGAGCGGAGCACGGCGCGCCGGGGCCGCCACCGGGGGGAUGCGGCUACCUUCCCGGGCCGGGGUGUAGAGAGGGCGGGUCCCCGGCCUCGGGAGCGCGGCGGUGGAGGGGACUGAGGAGGAGGCCAUGGCGACCCCCGGCAACCUAGGGUCCUCGGUCCUGGCGAGCAAAACCAAGACCAAGAAGAAGCACUUCGUAGCGCAGAAAGUGAAGCUGUUUCGGGCCAGCGACCCGCUGCUCAGCGUCCUGAUGUGGGGGGUAAACCACUCGAUCAAUGAACUGAGCCAUGUUCAAAUCCCUGUUAUGUUGAUGCCAGAUGACUUCAAAGCCUAUUCAAAAAUAAAGGUGGACAAUCACCUUUUUAACAAAGAAAACAUGCCGAGCCAUUUCAAGUUUAAGGAAUACUGCCCGAUGGUCUUCCGUAACCUGCGGGAGAGGUUUGGAAUUGAUGAUCAAGAUUUCCAGAAUUCCCUGACCAGGAGCGCACCCCUCCCCAACGACUCCCAGGCCCGCAGCGGAGCUCGUUUUCACACUUCCUAUGACAAAAGAUACGUCAUCAAGACCAUUACCAGUGAAGACGUGGCCGAAAUGCACAACAUCCUGAAGAAAUACCACCAGUACAUAGUGGAAUGUCAUGGGGUCACCCUUCUUCCUCAAUUCUUGGGCAUGUAUCGGCUUAAUGUUGAUGGAGUUGAAAUAUAUGUGAUUGUUACAAGAAAUGUGUUCAGCCACCGUUUGUCUGUGUAUAGGAAAUACGACUUAAAGGGCUCUACAGUGGCUAGAGAAGCUAGUGACAAAGAAAAGGCCAAAGAACUGCCAACUCUGAAAGAUAACGAUUUCAUUAAUGAGGGCCAAAAGAUUUAUAUUGAUGACAACAACAAGAAAGUCUUCCUGGAAAAGCUGAAAAAGGAUGUUGAGUUUCUGGCCCAGCUGAAGCUCAUGGACUACAGCCUGCUGGUGGGAAUUCACGAUGUGGAGAGAGCCGAACAGGAAGAGGUGGAGUGUGAGGAGAACGACGGGGAGGAGGAGGGUGAGAGCGAUGGCACCCACCCGGUGGGGACCCCCCCGGACAGCCCCGGGAAUACACUGAACAGCUCACCACCCCUGGCUCCCGGGGAGUUCGAUCCAAACAUCGACGUCUAUGGCAUUAAGUGCCAUGAAAACUCACCUAGGAAGGAGGUCUACUUCAUGGCAAUUAUUGACAUCCUUACUCAUUAUGAUGCAAAAAAGAAAGCUGCCCAUGCUGCAAAAACUGUUAAACAUGGCGCUGGUGCAGAGAUCUCCACCGUGAACCCGGAACAGUAUUCAAAGCGCUUUUUGGACUUUAUUGGCCACAUCUUGACGUAACCUCCUGUGCAGCCUCAGGCGGACGUGAACACGGGAUGGACAGAGGUGGCUUCGGCGUAGGAAAAAUGAAAACCAAACUCGGUGAAGUACUCGUCUUGCAGGAAGCAAACCUCCUUGUUUACAUCUUCAGGCCAAGAUGACUGAUGUGGGGGCUACUCGCUUUACAGCUACCUGAUUUUCCCAGCAUCGUUCUAGCUAUUUCUGACUUUGUAUGUGUGUUUUGGGGUGGGGGGGGUGAGUGUGCGCGCGUGUGUGCAUUUUAAAGUCAUUAAUGAAAACUGAUCCACUUUGGUCAGAAUGUGUCCCAACAAAAACCCUUUGAUUCCAGCUGUGGCCGAGUGAAUGGAUGAACACACGUGUGGGGGAGGGGAGAAGGACGUGCAUGUCAGGCACCCAUGUUGGCAUCACAUAACAAACUGUGGAUCAGUUUUUUUUUUUUUUUUUUUUGAGUUGAAAGAUACGAGACAGUAUUCAUAAUAAUGAUUAUAAUAAUAAUGAUGAUGAUGAUUCCAAGGAAAAAACUUACAGUGAAUGUUCCACUUCUACCUGCACGCAGACACUCCCUAACACUGGUAACCUGAGCCCCCAGCACCGGACGGAAGAAUGCUGGCGUCUCCAUGUGUACUGGUUCAGGGUUCUGGGCCCAGCCUUGUCAGGAACCCCCCGUGUCCAGAGCUCCCACCACUCCCCCAACAAGCAGCUGAUGCCCCACUGAUCCCCUAUACAUUUUUCACCUCAGCCAAUAUGUCCAGGAAAACUGCUUACUUCUUUUUUCUUGCCUGGAGCCUUCAUUGUUACACCCUUACGUUGCAAUAUAGGAAUUAAUGCUACAAAAUAAAAGUAAAGCUUACCCAAAAAGUGCAUAGUUUGGGGCAAUGGUAUCUACAUCUCCCACUGUGGGAAAACCAGCAAAGCGUCAAAACUCUCAAUUCUCCUGUUACUGAAUACAGAUCUGAAUUAUAAGAUGUUCAUGUUUGACCAGUGGGAUUUUGUUAAAAAUUGUCCCUUUAACUGAAACCCUCAGUUUUACUGUUUACAUUAUUAGGAAAACAGGGAUAUCUUUUGAAUCUAAAAAUUUGAUGUAUAGCAUAUGAUUUUUUAAGUUUACAUGUAAAGUCACAGCGUAGGUGAAAUAAUGUUUGUCACAUUUUGAGACAUAUCUUGCAGUCAUGUUUUUACGUGAGUGUUUUAUUGAAAGUACAUGGUAGACAGUCUUUCACAAUAAAAGGAAGAGGAUUUUUUUCCACUCCAAAUGUACAUUUAUCAACCUAAUGAUUUUUUUAGAACGAGAGUUCACCCCAGUCUGGUUUAUGUAAGUUCAUUGCCCUAAACUGUGCUGAUUGUUUUUAAUCAUGUUAUAAAUUUCCAACCUAGAUCAUAUAUCUACCAACUCUCCUGCAUUUUCCAAAAGGCAUUGAGCUUAAAUAUUAGUCUUGCUUAGAAUAGGUUAUCAACUUAUACAACGCUGCGCUAAAGGCGUGCCUUUGAAACUCCUUGUUUAAAACAUGAUACAAUUUUUAUGGCCAGUUUCAGAAAAGAUGAAAAAAAAAAAUCUUCCCUUUAAUUGUUAAUCGCAACUCAACAGAUCUCCCUGCCGCACUGCCUUUUCCAGGAGCUUUACUUCAGGGCUAUCCAGAUGGCAGCUGUGCCCAGUGAAUGUGGAUCUAGUGGACAGCGUCUUUGAAAGCCAGCGGUCAUGCCCUCCCUAUAUUGUCUACUGAUUUUACAUAGAUUUGUCAUCCUCAGCAGACAGUGUUAACACCACUGUAACAUAGUGUACAAAUUCGUAUUUUAUGUAUUUAAAGUAAUUCACGCUGUGAUUCGGUUUUUCCCUGCACCACUAAUUCUGGCAUCAGAUCAGUUUUUGUGUCCUUAAGUUCUACUGUGGUUUGACCCGAGACUGUCACCAUGAGACCCUGAAGUAAAGAGAAGGUACAUAUACGGUAUUUGACUAUUUCCUUGGUGGCCAAUCUGUAUAUGCUUUUAGAAGUUUACAAAAUGCUAUUAUUUUUGUCUAUAACAGUCUCUGUCGUUUAUUUCUGUUGAUAAACUGUUUGGACAGAGUGAGGACAUUUGCCCUGUUAUCUCCUAGUGCUAACAGUACACUCCAGUCAUGAGCCGGGCUUUACAAAAUAAAGCACUUUGAUGACUCACAA